UGCACCAGCUAGGAUCUGUACACAGUUCUUUAAGAACAGUAGGGGCAGUCCCUCAUGCUAAUCACACAACACUUCACAAUGCUUUGAGUCUCACCUGUGGGUUUAUUACCUGAAAGCGCACAGAAUAGUCAGCCCCCCUGUUCUAAAGAGUCAGUUUUUGGUCAUCCCAAAGGCAAGUCAUAGAAACCCUGCUCCGUUUUAUGACUGGUCUCUUGGGUUUACCUUUCUCCCACAAAGGAGGAAAGGGCUCUAGCUUGCUGCUGUGUUUUGCAGGAAGAAAGGCCCUGAUUGUGUUGGCACACGAGGAGAUGACCUCCUUCAAUCAUGCCAUGAAAGAUGCUGCUGUUGAAGUGCUGCAGAAGACAGGCUGGAGUGUCACUGUUUCUGAUCUAUACAAGAUGAAGUUUAACCCUGUGCCAUCACGGGAGGACAUCAAAGGUAAGCCAAAAGACCCCAACAACUUCAAGUAUGGCCCUGAGAUGGGCUCGGCAUGGGCAGAAGGUCGGUUGAGCAGCGACAUCGUAGCAGAACAGAAGAAGCUCGAAGCUGCAGACCUUCUGAUAUUCCAGUUCCCCCUCUAUUGGUUCAGUGUGCCUGCGAUCCUGAAGGGCUGGUUUGAACGUGUUUUCACAGAAGGAUUUGCCUACUCACUUACCAUGAUGUAUGGCAGUGGGCCCUUUCAGAAGAAGAAGGCUAUGCUCUCCUUCACCACGGGCGGGACUGGCCCCAUGUACACUCCCGCGGGCAUCAACGGAGACAUCAACAUCCUCCUUUGGCCACUGCAGGUGAUCCACACGUCCCAAAGCAAGGAAAUUCUGCUUUCACUGAAUGGUGUUGAUGGAUCUGAAGAGGGGGACAGUGGCCACAGCAUGGGGGUUGGGGAAAGGAAGGGGAUUCUUCUGGUUCCCUCCUGGAAGCUGGGGGCAAGGAGCUCACAUCUCAGGGCAUGCUGCUUCAACCUACCCUGUUUACAAGGGCUGCUGGCCCAUGGGUGACAGCUCCUGUGCCCUGAGCAGGCUCUUGCUGGCCAUCUCAGCAAUGCCUAAUACUACUAUUAAAGCGAUUAAUGGGCUCCAAUUUGUUUAAAUGUACUGGGCACAACAGCAUGGAGUUCAUGGUGUACCAAGCAAACUGGACUAUCCAAAAAAAUUCAAAUCCUGGGGACUUGCAGGAGUUAGACAUGGAGUCAGAGGAGGCUUAGCAGUUCAAAACUGCCAGGGGCAGGCAGUCACAUCAGCUGGAGACAAAUGAGGAUAGGCAGACUGUGGCCACCAGAGAGGACCAGGAGGAUCUACACAGCUGGAAGUUUCCAGUUGAUACUGGAUCCUCAGUAUGGAAAUUGUGGAAGAUAUUUCUCAGAAGCAGCUGGUCCAGGGGAACAGAGAUGUGUAGGACACAGGUGAUUGGCAGCUCAGCACAACCCAUAAGAAAAUCAAGCUUGCCCACCAUUCUCCAACCAUCCAAGGCAGAUGGCAAUCCUUGUUUCAAUACUAGUCUAGAAGAAAAUUCUGCAAGGGAGAAGUGGCAGCAGGAGAGCAUGCUGCCUUCCCAGAGCCAAGACAUGAGACUUCUCUCUAAGAUUGGAUAGUCUUUUGAAGUCAGCGGGCCAGGAUCCAUUGAUGAUCGUUUGUACUAACAAUGACGCUCUUUCAGAAAAUGGCAUUACCUGUUUGAAUCACUGGAAACUUGGCAGACAAUCUUUAAUACUUAUAGAGCAACGUCCUAACAGAUAAGGCACAAGAGGUGGUACCCGCUGGUGUCUAACAGACUAACCAAUCACAAUACGAUGACUGUCUCCUUAUGCACCUGUCUUUAACGUGUAGGGGGAAAAAUCUGUAUGGCCAGGGAGGACUUCAGUUUGAGGAAUGUGCUGGUGGGGGGUCUUGUGCCACCAGUACUAAACCAUACUUGGAAUUUUGAAUUAUAGACAACCUUUUCCUCACUCAGAAAGUGGUACAUCUAACAUGGGGGAAUUCUUUAUUUACCCUCAUCUUGUGAGGCUGACCUUUUUAAAGCACAAAGCUGAAAACAAUUGAGCCAAAUCAUCCAGGAAGUAGAAUUUAAUCAGGAAAAAAUGUGAAUAAUUUGGAAUUGUUUAAGAACACUAUUAGAUGCCUAAAAAGCCACAGUUGAGAUGGAGGCUACAUUGGUUAAAAAACCAAUUUUGGUUUUAGAGGGUAAGUACAGGCAGGUACAUGUAUUGUAUUAUAUAACAAAAGAA